AGCCAGAGGCAGAAAUUAAUUGAAAAAGAAGUAAAAAUAAGGGAGAAACAAAGGGCACAGGCCCGCCCCCUUACGCGCUACCUGCCGGUCCGGAAGGAAGACUUUGAUUUGCGGGGCCACGUGGAGACCGCCGGCCACAAUAUUGAUACCUGUUACCACGUAUCAAUCACAGAGAAGACCUGCCGCGGAUUCCUCAUCAAAAUGGGUGGAAAAAUUAAAACUUGGAAGAAACGUUGGUUUGUUUUUGAUCGGAAUAAGCGAACAUUCUCUUACUAUGCAGACAAGCAUGAAGCUAAAUUAAAAGGAGUAAUAUACUUUCAAGCCAUUGAAGAAGUAUAUUAUGAUCACCUCAAGAAUGCUAAUAAGAGUCCUAAUCCAUCACUUACCUUCAGCGUCAAGACACAUGAUAGAAUCUACUACAUGGUGGCACCAUCGCCAGAAGCCAUGCGGAUCUGGAUGGAUGUUAUAGUUACGGGGGCAGAAGGUUACACUCACUUCUUGUUGUAGUGAACUGGUGCGAUAGUCAACUUCAGGGCAGACUGCAAUAAAAUCCUUUCCAAGAAUAAAGCCAUAUUCAAUCCCAGAUGAAUAGACCCAACAGACCCAUCCCUUUAACUAUGUACUUAGAACUCCUUUCAGAUGAAGGUUAUAUCCAUGUGAAGUCAUUUGUAAAAGACAAAGAUGGUGUUUUAAUUCAAAGUUUGAUCAUAAAUAGCAGAAUAAUUGAAACACCUAUGAGAAAACACUAUUUUGAUAUAUAGCAUCACUUAUAGGACUAUUUCUUGUAAACUUUUUUAUCAAUUACUGAUUUUGGUGAAAUAAACAGUUUAUCAAAUGUCUGUAUGUACUUGGAAAUAUGAAGUUAUUUUAGCACACAAAUCAUUGGCAUUGACAUUAUUGGUAAUCAACUAACUUUU